GAGAGAGAGAGAGAGAGAAUCUACACAAGAUAAAUGAAAGAAAAGCACCCCGUCCCUCUGCAGGGAAUCGAACGCAGCGAUGUGCAUUGAUCACAGGAGGUUUUACAAGUAAUUUAAAUGUCCCAAAAAUGUUCGAAUCAUUGAAAAAAAACAUCCAGUCUGUCCAGGAUGGCAUUACUGCAGGACUUCAAAGACUGUCGGUGGGGGAGAAGUCAGCGACAACCCCCACAGAGUCCAACGUCAACUUGGCCGCCGGAGAAGACCUCCUGCAGAUGUACCAGACGCAGUGGGCGACCAUGCACCACAUGGCAGAGCAGAAUGCUAAGCUGGCACAGGAUAUUGACACUGCGAUAACAACCCUGACACAUGAGUGUGAGAACCAGCAUGGCCAAAUGGCAGAAAUCCAUUCCCUCUUGGCACAUUUGCCAAACAUCAUGGCCCAACUACACUCAAUGCUGGCCACUAUUGGAUCUCUAAGGGGACUCUUUGAGGAAGUGGAAGGAGGUCUUCUGGCCCUCGAAGACCUGGAGGAGGACCUUGCACUGCAGGAGAAGACCCUUGACCUCCGCCUGAGUCUGGCGCUGUCCCGGGAGAAGCACAACCAUCGGCUCAACGCACUCCGAACUGAGCUGUCAGUGACGCACCAGGCCAAGAUGGUGGCCCUGGAGCAGCACCAGGAGACGCAGCGCAAGGAGAGGGAGCAGGUGUUCUCCGAGCAGUUCACCGAAGACCUCAAGAACUACAAGGAGCGCGGCAUUGUGACCAGAAGAAUCUCCAGCAGUGAGGAUGAGCAGGGCCUCAAGCUGGAGGAGGUGGACUUGGAGCAAGACACAAGCGAACUCGACCAGUUCCUAAAUGACCCGGCCUGAGGGGACCAUCCCAGUGCUCAAACGCGUAGUUGGACUCGGCACUGUGUCUGGGAUACAGCAACGCUCUCUCUUUUUUUAUAUAUAGGGUGAAUACUUAAAAGAGUCCUUGUGCGGGUGUGGUGGUCGUCAUAAAAGGGUUUUUAUGUGGAGUGUUUUUUUUUUGUUUUUUUU